GACCAAGCACCAACUUGAAGGUCAUUGUUGUAGGGGACGGAUCGCCGACUACAAGUUUACGUAUAAAAGUGGGGGAAAAGAAAAAGAUGAAGACAGGGGCAGGAGGAAUGAUAGAGAGGUAGUAACCAACGAAGGUGGUAUCUUGUACAAUGAAGAUGAAGACAAGCGCAUGAGCAGGAAGAAUGAUAGAGAGGAGGUAUCUUGUAGAAUGGACGAGAUGUUCUUGUUACAUGAGAUGAUUGCGAGCUAGAAGUUUACAUUUGAAAGUGGGGGAAAAGGAAAAAGAUCGAAAACAAAUGCAGGUGGAAUGAAUACGACGAAGCAUAGGGCAAGCGUCGUAACUUGUACAAUGGAUGAGAAGUACCAAUUUGUGAUGAUUUUGCACAAAGAAGGGUGAGAAACUGGUCGAAAUUUUCGCAGCAAAGGCAGAACCUGCUCAUUUCUUUCAGAAUGCCCGUCUUGUAUUUCACCGCGGAGCUUGCAUUUCUUGCGAUUUUCCUUAUGAAACAUGGAGGAUAAAUCGUGGAAGAAAGAAGAUGAGUUCACAGAAUUUCGACAUCAGUCUGUACAAAGCUUUUUGGAGACAAUUGUCAAACAUCAACCGCAUUUAAAACCAGACAGGUUGUUCAAAAUAUUGGCAAGAUCAAGAAAGAUUGAACGACGAAUCUUCAAGUCAGCAAACAAUCAGCAGGAUUAUCAUCAAAAAGUAUCUAUGAAUUUAUACAGACUUGAGAAGAAAAAUUACAAGCAUCGAUCUGCUCAAGUAUCUCAAGCAAGCUCGUCAACAAAAUUAAGUAUUCUUUAUGAGUCAGUUUCGCUAGCUUAUGUUGUUCAAGUCUUGAGUUUGGAAACGGAAAUCAAGACGACUUUUCAGCAACCUACAAAUCCACAACACAAAGACAAGUUCCAAGUUGCACAUAAUUAUCGGAUGAAACUACCAGAUGCACGCGAUGUUACACAUAGGAAUGUUCCUUCGAAAGUAUUAUUCGAAAAUCGAGACGAGGUCUGGCCAAAGUUGAAACAGCUUAGAGAUCUCCACUUCAAUGAGUUGACAAUAAUCAACGAAUUCCUGCUCGAGAGGACUAAGCAGAAGUUACAUGACGCACAGAUGCUGCAACUUAUAGCAUGGCUGGAGUUACUACGUCGUAUUCUGAGGGGUCUUAGCACUCCAAAGGAGGACCUUCCGAAAAAAUUCUUGCGUGGAACAAUCCAUCAAUUAGAGAAACAGAUCCAUGACAUUGUGAGAAUUUUUAGAGAUAGUCUCGCUGAAAUCUCAGCAAGUAUUCAAGAUCCAGAUCCAUGUUCAGGCACUAGUAGAAUCGACUCUAAGUCUAAGGCUUCUACGAGUCUUAGUGGCGAAGCAUCUUCAACUCCACCUCCUAGCCUUCAAUCAGAUAAGAAGGUAGCUGCCGGCUAUUAUUUCACUGCUACAGAUGCUCAAUCAUUGCGAAACAUAAGUCUUCGUCUACUUGACCUGCAGCUCAGUAGAGAAGGCAAGAGGGAAAAGAAACCUUCAACUGAAGAGCAGCCACCAGACAAGGAAUCAAAGUAGACAUAGGACCCGUUAUACAUGUCACAUUUUUUGCAGUGUAUAUAUCUGUACCCACCACUCAUUGAAUGACACAUAAUGUAGUUGAGCUGUGGAGAUUAUUGUACAAGAGUGCAGUUUUCUUGCUCAUUGUAGACUAGUGAGUUAUUUAAGACACUAAAAUGUCCACAUGUAGUUUUAAAGCUAUUUUUGUAAUCCAUCUGAUUGAGAUGCUUGCAAAUGAGUUGAAAGUACCAAGUUCAACAGGUUUAAAUGCAGAAGAAUUCAGAAGAAUGUAAGCUUUUGAUUACAAUCUUCUCUUCUUCAGGAGAAUGGCCCUUGUCUGACUAAGUUUUUGACUGGAUCUGAUUGCACGACAUAGUGACUUCGAUGCAAAGCUAACUUUGAGAUCUUAUUGAUUGUCAUCAAUUGCCAUACCCAAACAAUGAGCUCGAAUUUGGAUAUAUUCAAAACCUGUUAUGUGGUUCUACAUAUUACAGGUAAUUGCUAUUGAUUUGAUGUACUUUAUUAAGAUCUAAUGACCGAGAAUAAUCGGUGUACCUGCCGCGAUCAUCUCCACAAUCUCUCUAGAAAUCAAAUAGUAAGGAGAAUACAGAGGAGGUCGCAAAUUUGCAACUUAGACAACUUGCUAUGAACUUUGUCAAUACACAGGAGUACGAACUCUUAGGGUCAGACUAAGAUGGUGUUUUGCGUAAAUACAAACGAUAAGCUGUGAACUUGAGGACUGUGCAGAUAUUCUGCAAGAGAAAACGAAGAGGUAUCAUACUGACUGAUUCACUUCGAGUUUUAGAGAAAAUUUUCAUAUUUAAGUUUUAUCUAAUUUAGACCCUGACUACGAAUGGUGACAAACUGUAACUCAAGUGUAGUCUACUGUAAUACUUCGACAUGAGAUUUAUCAAGACGUUUGAUUGACGAAACGUUUGGAUUUUAGGGUCCACAUAGAUCGGGGUGAAAAGAGCUUUGUACGAGACAGACGGAGAAGAAGUUCACAUCAGAAAGCUGCAAAAGUCACGGAGGGAAAGGAUGACCGAGCAUGAGAUGCCGAUUAGUAAGUCAGAUUCAGUUAUUCAUCACACCGAGGCUUCAUGUUUCACCAUUUGAUUAUCUUAGUUUAAU